AUGGCUGCCACGAAAGCGCAGUCGCAGAAGAUCUUCGAGAAGCUGAAAUCCAAACCUGCCAAUAAGAUAUGUUUUGACUGCGGCCAGAAGAACCCAACUUGGUCUUCUGUCCCCUUCGGUGUUUAUCUCUGUCUUGAUUGCUCCUCCAACCACAGAAAUCUCGGUGUCCACAUCUCCUUUGUGAGAUCCACCAAUCUCGAUGUCUGGCAAUGGACCCAACUACGCACGAUGAAGGUCGGAGGCAAUGAGUCUGCGACCAAGUUCUUCCAAUCCAACGGUGGCAGUGCUGCCCUUGCCAGUAAAGAUGCCAAGGUGAAAUAUACCUCCAACGCCGCGAAUAAAUACAAGGAGGAGCUCAAGCGCAGGGCCGCAAGAGAUGCCGAGGAAUACCCUGAGCAAGUGGUCAUCACUGACGAAGCCCUCCCUACCCUAGGAGAAGGAACGUCGACCCCUGCUGGCGAACCUGGUGACGACUUCUUCUCCUCUUGGGACAAACCGACCAUCAAAAGGCCUAGUAAUCCUCCAUCUCGCUCCGGCACUCCUCCGGUCGUCUCCCGAACUGCCUCUCCAUUCCUAUCUGCCGGCAAUGCCAAUGGCGCUGCAAGACCCAAAUCUCCUUCGCCCCUCGCCGCGGCUGCCGACGAUGCUGAGAAAUCUCUCCCGGCGCCCACCGCAAUCCGUUCCACAUCCGCUUCUGCCAUCCGCAAAGGACCAUCUGCUGCAACCGCUAAACGCACCAAUGUGCUAGGCGCGAAGAAAAACCAAAAACUGGGGGCAAAGAAAGUCGUCGGUGACGAGAUCGACUUCGAAGCCGCGGAGAAAGCCGCCAAAGCAGAAGCCGAGCGGAUAGCCAAACUAGGGUAUGAUCCAGAGGCCGAGAAGGCAGAGGAGCUAGCAAAGACUCGCUCUACAAACCUGGUCACCAAGGAAGCCCCGUCUCCCAUUGCUCCUCCUAAAGCUGGCGUUGGGUCCAACCCCACGCAUACUCGAAGUCCAAGUGAAGUCGAGCGACUGGGAAUGGGAGUUGCGAGAUUAGGAUUUGGGCAAAUUGGGGCAAACAAGGCUGCGGCUUCGACUGCCCCAGCCCCCAGGAAACUCGGGUUUGGAAGCGUCGGCGCCAGCAAGGCUGCGGUGGAAGACGACGACGAGAAAUAUGCACGAGAAAAGUUCGGCACACAGAAAGGCAUCUCAUCGGACGAAUUCUUCGGGCGUAACGCAUUCGACCCGAACGCACAAGCAGAAGCCAAGACGCGCCUGCAGGGCUUCGACGGCGCGACGUCGAUCUCAUCCAACGCAUACUUCGGGCGGCCGGAGGACGACAUGACGGGCCUCGAGGGCGGCGACUACGGCGACAUCGAGACGGCCGCGAAGGAUUUUGUGCGUCGCAUGGGCUUGACGGCGGGCGACGAUCUGGAGAAUCUCAUCAACGUUGCUGGCGAGGGAGGCAGGAAGUUACGCGGUGCCGUUGCGAGGUAUUUGAACAGUUAG